GCCGCCAUCUCGCGGCUGUGGCGGGGCCGCCCGGGGCCGGGCCGCGCGUGCGCUCGGGGCCGCGCUGGGAUGGCGGCGGCGGGCGGCGAGGAGCCGGGCCCUGAGGCGGCCGGCGAGGAGCUGGAGCUCACCCCGGCACAGCUCAUCCGCAGCCUGGAGCAGGCCUGGCUGAACGAGAAGUUCGCCCCGGAGCUGCUGGAGAGCAAGGCCGAGAUCGUGGAGUGCGUGGUGGAGCAGCUGGACCACAUGGAGUCAAACCUGAAACGGGCAAAGGCAGGAGACUUAAAGGUCAGCGUGCACCGCAUGGAGAUCGAAAGGAUCCGCUACGUGCUCAGCAGCUACCUGCGAUGUAGGCUUGUGAAGAUAGAGAAGUUUUUUCCCCAUGUCCUGGAGAAGGAGAAGUCUCGAGCUGAAGGGGAGCCUUCUAUUCUAUCCCCAGAAGAAUUUGCCUUUGCUAAAGAGUACAUGGCAAACACAGAGACUUACCUGAAAAAUGUGGCCCUAAAGCACAUGCCACCCAACCUGCAGAAAGUGUCCCUCUUAAAAUCAGUCCCAAAGCCCAACCUGGAUUCCUUCGUCUUCUUGAGGGUGCUGGAGAGGCAGGAGAACAUCCUGGUCGAGCCGGAGACUGAUGAGCAGAGGGAGUACACCAUCGAUCUGGAGGAGGGCUCGCAACACCUGAUCCGCUACAAGACCAUCGCCCCGCUGGUGGCCUCGGGAGCAGUGCAGCUCAUCUGAGCGGCGCUGGGAGCCGAGCCAGUGCUGGUGACAUGCGAGUGCCUGGUCUGCCAAGAAGCCAACUCGCUGUUUGAAGAGUUUUCCAGGGACACGAGCUUCAUUUGAGUCUGUUACGACCCUUCAAUGUGAGUGGAUGCGCAGGGCCUCUGGAAUUAAACUUGUUACAGGCGUCAUGCAAGGGUCUGAGCCAGUGCCUGCGUCCUCGCGGAAAGAACAGCAAUAGCUCCACGCUCAGUAGGCUCCUGCAAGUGCCACCUCCCUCGAUCUCCUCCAAUGCAGACUCAGGGAUGGACUCCACCUUGUCCCCGUGAGGAGAUACUGUACACUCUCGGCAGCCAGAGGGGAAUUCUACUGCUGGCGUCUUCACAAGCUGCCCCACAGCGGAACUUGCUCAGCAGCACCUUGGGAGAUCCGUUCACACAGCUUCACGCCAGUACUUGCUGCAGACCCAUGGAGGAACUUGCUCGUAUGCUACAUCUCCUUUGAGCUCCUCAGCCUGCACUGUUUGAACUCACUGGGGCUCCUGGCAGUCUGUUUGCUUGUUUUCCCAACCGCUCUCCCUGAUCCUGUUGCAUUCCCUCUCUUGCAGAGCCCAAAAAAGAUGUGAACUUUGGAAUGGGGUCUGUGAGCAGCUGCGGACUCGGUACAUGUGUAAGACUUUUGCUGAAUAAUAGCAGGACUGGUUAACUGCUGUGGGCAGCCUUUCUG